AUGGACAAAUUCUCCGCCUUUGGGAAGAACAUAAGUUCUGCUUUCAAUUCGACCGUUUCUCCCUUUGCACAGCGGAGUCAGCAAUACCUGAAGGAACAGUUUGGCGGGACAGAAGACAAGACCGAACUUCCUGCGGAUUAUGUCGAACUUGAGAAGAGAGUCGAUGCGUUGAAACAAGUCCAUCAAAAACUCCUCGCUGUCACAAACCAAUAUUCCAAUGAGGCUUACGAUUAUCCUCCCAACAUCCGGGAGUCCUUUACCGAUCUAGGGCGCAGCAUUUCCGAGAAGGUGACUCUCCUCUCUCAUGCUUCAAGUCCCGGCGAAGCGCAAGCAGCCCUCACUGCACCUCCCUCCGCCAAACCUCAGCCCAAGACUUUCAACCACGCAAUUGCCCGGGCAUCCCUGGCCAGUUCUCAGCUGCUUCAGCAGACGAACCCUUCCGGCGAUGAUCCACUGGCCGCGGCGCUCGAGAAAUACGCAUUGGCUGAAGAGAAGGUGGGAGAGGCUCGGUUGGCCCAAGACCACGCAAUCCAGGCAAGAUUCCUUGCGGGGUGGAAUACGACCUUGAACACCAACAUCCAAUUUGCCGUCAAGGCCAGAAAAGCGGUCGAGAACAGUCGACUGUUGCUGGAUAGCACCAAGGCGUCGAAGAAGAGCCAGGUUAUUGGCCGUGGCAUGAAUCCCGACGAUGAGACCGCUUUGAGCGAAGAAGCACGAGCCGAAAUUGAGGCCAAGGAAGACGAGUUUGUUUCGCAGGUUGAGGACGCGCAGGGCGUUAUGAAGAAUGUCCUGGACACCCCUGAACCUCUUCGAAACCUCGCCGACUUAAUUGCGGCGCAGCUGGAAUACCACAAGCGAGCCUACGAAAUUCUCUCCGAGCUGGCGCCCGAGAUUGACCAGCUCCAGGUGGAACAGGAGAGCAACUAUCGUAAGAGCAGAGAGGGUGCUUGA